CAACGUCAUCCUCGAACUGGAUCUCAACUGCAACGUCAUCUGGGGGAGCAAAUCAUGGCCACAUAUUCAUCGACAUCCAAAGCCUACAAGGCAAGCCAAUAUCCGAAGUCCUCGUCGGCGAUCGUGACGUCUUUCAGAAAGCAACCGACGCCAUGCUCGAGACAAACUCAUCCUACCGCGUUCGCUUCACAAUCGCCCUUGGCGAUCACGCGCACGCGCUCCGCACUGACUCGACCUUCAGUCGCGAUUCGUCUCCUGCUUCCGCCAUGCGCCAUAAUUCCUCGAUGUCUUCACACUUCAUCACUCAUGACUCGACUCCUAGCAGUACCGCCGUCACCUCUCGCACCGGCUCGGCCUACACAUCUAAAGACAGCUCCAGGCGAAAUUCGCUCUCGGCCGAUCUCCCUCCGGAGAUGUCGACUUCCGAGGCCGCCACUCCCCGACUGGCAGCUCUCGCCCAUGAUACCCCUCUCGUUCAGACUGGCCACUCCGUCAGCACUCCUACACCGGCUGCUCGCCACAGCUCGUCGGGUUCUUCAGUCAUGCGCCAUCUCGGCUCGCCCACCCCAUCCACAGGCUCGACCGCAACCUCCGCUCUGGGUGAAUUCAUUGGCACCAGUCCGCCCAAGCCUCGGUUAAGUACAGGCACUGACUCUGUCGGACUAGACCCUUCUUUGCUCGACAGUUCCUCCUUUCCUACAUCAAAUCAAAAGACUAUCGAAAUGGAGGGCCAGGGUAUCAUCAUUUUCGAUCGCCAUUCCCUUGAACCCGUUUACUCUAUGUGGGUUCUGAAACCCUACGUCGAGCCCGUCCGUCCGGUAGUCGAUCUUCCACAAAUUCUCGUCGAUUCACUAGGCUUUGGUGCCGAUGUACUAGCUGGAUACCUCUCCAAACUCACGCAGUCGGGAAUCACGGAUCCUCGUGAUUGCCCAAUGCAGGAACCUAUAAUGUGCCGCAUUUGCGAGCGGCAAAUUCAACCGUGGUGGUUUGAACGGCAUUCCGAGUUGUGCCUAGUUGAGCACAAGGCCGAAAACGAUGUCCAGGCGUGCCAAGACGCACUUCGGGAUCACCGCCAGCAGCUACUUCGUCUUUUGGAGCAAAUUGAUGCUCGCGUGGAGCACGAUGGAAUUGUCGAAUAUAGAGGCAAGGCGAUCGCGCCACCCCCAAUCCAAAAGGCUUUGUCCGCGUCCACCGGCAGUACGGAGACACUCGGAUCCUCCAUUUCCCAGCAUUGGAAGCAGAUCGGGAAAGCUCUUCACCAUAGAUCGCCUGUGAGACUGAUCGAGUCACUAUUAGACAUCUGUGACCUCGCUCUCGACAUCAGUACACCUGCCCUGCGCGACAACAAUCCCACUGCCGACAAUGACGGCUACCAAAUACGAGUGCACUCGCCCGAAUCUGAAGUCCGGCUGCGAAAAGUACUGGGAUGGCAACCGCCGGCUAAUGUCGAAGGCGAAGGGUUCCAGCUUUUGGUCAGCGACACGCAGCUUUUCAUGCAGGCUAAGAUGGACGCUAUCCUGAGACUGGGAAAUACAAUCACUUAUGGCGAGAAGAUCCAGCGCGAGCUGAGUAUUCUGGUGCAAGAAUGCGUUGAAGAGACAAUCUCACACAUCAUAGAGCAAGAUAACAUCAUUGACGAAGUCGACGAGGACGAGAGCGGAGAUGAAUUGACCGACGCGCAAUCUGACAUGGACGACUUGGUCUUUUUCUCCAACGAGUUUAGAGACGAGCGAGAGCCGUCACCAGGUUUGGUCGAUUACAACUCCAGCGGCCUCUCUGUUGCGUCAGGGUCAUCACCUGUCGAAACCAUGACACCGAAAUCAUUCUUACCGACCCUGGGCCGACCCAAGACGCGGAAAGUGCUGAUCAAGGAUGAAGAAGGUGGUGAUAGCGACAGCAGCCGAUCAUCAUUGCUCUAUCUACGAGAAAAGGCAGACUCGCCCGCCAGCGACCAUGAAAUGCGUCUCAAGACGCGCAAAAGCAGUGCGAGCCUUAUCUUUGGCUCACCGCACACUCAGAAAUCACCCUCAAUCAGUUUCACCAAAUCCCCACUGGUGACGCAAAAGUCUUCCAAGUUUUCUGUCACCUCAGAGGGCGGCAACGGUCGGAAUAACACGGCUACGGCGGAUAUCAGCAAUGUCAGUUUCACACCUUUGACGUCUCCGUUGCUCUUCCCGAUCGAUUCUUAUCCUGAACAUGGACGGCACCAUCGACGAAAAUCUUCUGCGGCAUCUGAUUUCUCCAAACCGCCACUGUCUCCGCUUCUUACGUCGGUCACGCCAGCAGUGAGACCGGCACAGCCGAGCAUUCGCGACUUUGAAGUGAUCAAGCCGAUCUCUCGAGGCGCGUUUGGAAGCGUCUAUUUGACCAAGAAGAAAAACACGGGCGAGUAUUUCGCAAUGAAGGUCUUGAAGAAGGCAGACAUGAUUGCUAAGAAUCAAAUCACAAACGUGAAAGCCGAGCGCGCGAUUAUGAUGGCGCAGGCCGAGUCGCCGUUUGUGGCGAAGCUAUUCUUCACAUUCCAGAGUAAGGAGAAUUUGUAUUUGGUGAUGGAGUAUUUGAACGGCGGCGACUGUGCUGCGCUGUUAAAGGCGUUUGGCGGCGGGCUGCCGGAAGAGUGGGUGCAAAAGUAUAUUGCUGAAGUUGUGCUGGGAAUCGAAAACCUGCACGAGAGAGGCAUUGUUCAUCGAGACUUGAAGCCAGAUAACCUGCUGAUCGACCAGUCCGGCCAUCUAAAGUUGACGGACUUUGGUCUAUCAAGGAUGGGUUUGGUGGGCCGUCAGACACGGCAAGGCACAUCGAGCCAGAACGACUCUCCGGACCUGUUCAACGCGAGCAGGUCACAGUCACUUUCGUCGCAACCGAGUUCCUACGACACGCCGCUGUACGAACUCAACCCGAUCCUGGGGGUCUCUCCUGGGUCGACUCCGUACAUGACAGGCGCUGGCGCGGAUACUGGUUCCGGGCUUCCGAAUAUACCGGGCUAUUUCUCGCUGAAUAAGAGUGCUCUGAACGACGUAUAUCCCAAGCCGACGACUUUAGCACCAUCGAAUGCCGCGAGCGUGUCUACGCUAUCCCCCCUCUCAAGUAAUCAGUCUUCUUCAGGAAACCGGAGCGAGUCCAUUCAGUCGAUGCUCAACUCGUUCACACUGAAUGAGACUAUCCCGCACGCCCGUGCACAGGCAAAGUCGAUGAGCAAAACGGACGAUGAGCAAGUGUUUAGCACAGGAAGUUCAGUCUCGAGCGAGAGCGGCGGGCUGGGCAUUCACCGAUCGUCGAGCUCAGGAAAGUUGUCGUCGGUGACUGCAGCUGCGUCGGCGGCGAUGCUGAUGCCUCCUCCGCCGAUUCCGAUCCAGCAUACACACACACAUCCUACUCCGCCACAGAACAUGGCGCUCUUUGAUCCUGUGAAUAAUGCGGCGCGCAAGUUUGUUGGUACGCCGGAUUAUCUCGCGCCGGAGACGAUCACCGGCACGGAUCAGGACGAGAUGAGUGACUGGUGGUCGCUGGGCGUGAUUGUGUUUGAGUUUCUGUACGGGUACCCGCCGUUCCACGCCGACACCCCUGCGGAGGUAUUUGAGAAUAUUCUUGCGCGAAGGAUAGCGUGGCCGGAAGGGGACCCGGAGAGUCUUCCUCCGGUGUCAGAGGCGGCGCGGGACUUGAUCAACCGGCUGAUCUGCACCGAUCCCGAGCAGCGUCUGGGUGCAAAGUCGUCACAGGAAGUGAAGGAGCAUCCGUUUUUCAAGGGGAUUAAUUGGGAAACGAUACUUUCUGAAGAGGCGCCGUUCAUUCCGCGGCCGGUGGAUGAGGAGGAUACGGCGUACUUUGACGACCGGGGAGCUUUUCUACAGACGUUUCCUGAAGAGGAGACGGAGGAGAAAGAGAAAGAGACAGAGAAGCAUGUGCACGAGCACGCGCAUAUUCAUACUCAGCACCAGUACUAUGAGAAAGGUAGUGGUUUGCGAAGACUGAUUCACGGCGGCGGCGGGUCUUCAUCAGCACAUGAAGACGCGUCGGGAGGAUCAUCGGGCAGCCACCUACAAAGCAGCCCAGACUCAAGCCAUGAAGUAGAGCAUAGCGCGUUCUCGCCAGCCGAGACGAGCUCGAAUACGAGCAACAACAGCAGUCAGUCGCCGACGACGGGGCCACCUCCGUUGACGACGUCGCGGUCGACGAAAGUGCUGCCGCUGCAUAUUCCGCACCACUUCCGGGGACGGAAAACGCGUCGGCUGAGCGAGCCUGUGGCGGUGGAUGACUUUGGGUCGUUUUCGUUCAAGAACUUGAAUGUGCUUGAGAAAGCAAACAAGGACGUGAUCCAGCGGUUGAAGUCGGAGCACCUUGAACAGAUGAAGACGCCGAUGCCGCCAGCGCAGCCGUCGGGGUUGAUUGAGCCGUCGCCGAUCAAAGCCGGACGGAAUCUGUCGGUGGGAAGUCUGGGCCAGCCAGUGCCGUUCGGACACGCGAGCAUAAGCUCAGGAUCGACAAGCGGCGGCGCGGGGAUCGUGAAGCGGCCGGGCUCGCCAUCGAGCAGCUCGUCGAGCAACUCGAGUCUGUACCGGAACGUGUCGCCGAGCCGGAACCUGUCGCACGCGUCGAUUCCGUCGUCGCCGCUGACGACGUCGCAGCCGAUUACGGCGCCGGAUGUCGAGACCGAGACCGACGACGAUAAUUUGGACGAGGGGGCUCGGCGGCAGGCGAAGGAGAAGCGGGGCGGGAGAGAGCAGGCUGCGCCGCCGUAUAUUGCGCUGCCGAGGGCGUGGUCGGGCGGGGAUAGUGGGAGUAGUACGCCUCCGUCGCCGUUGUCGUCUCGUCAUGUGUCUGCAGGGUCGAUGAAGUAGCCUUUCUCUUUACUCUUUCGUCUACAUACAUUUCACAUUUUUUUUUUCACUUUUCCAAAAUCGGAAAUUUCAGGC